GGGCUGCCGCACACACCGGAGGGCACAGUGUUACUGACGGUUAGAAAAAAAAACACAACAUACCGGCGUGGAAAUGUUGGUGAGCUGAUUUAGGAGCCACGUCGAGAAGCAGGGGAGCAGGUCUAAUCUUACCUCGGCACUUUUUUGUGUGUGUUUCAUGAAGCAAUAAACUAGCGGGGAGACCGGACUGUAUUUUUACGCACCGACCACGCAGCAUGCCCGAGUUGGACUAGAAGCGACCCUGCCGGAGCGCAACACGCACGCCUAACGCCACUGAGAGCCAGGAGGAAUAUUUACAAUAGAAACUCAAUUCCUUUGUUUUUUUGGGAGGAAGAAUAGCAAAAGGAGGGGGGCGGAGGAGUGAAAGAUAACACUGGAAUGAAGUGGACCUCGGGAUUCCUGGCGUGCUGCGGAGUUGUGACUGAUGGAUGAAUGUGGUCAUCUGUAGGCUAUAAACGGCGACAGGUACACACACCACCGAGGGGAGCUCUGACAAAGACGCGGCGCGGCGCUCCACCGACAGCCGCAUCGCCAGAUUGUGGCAAAACUGCGCGAUUGGUCAGAUCCGCUUCACGCAUAGGGAUCGCCGAGUUUUGUCCACAGAGUGAAAGAAAAGGUCGUGAGGGGGUGUCUUUUUUCUUUCUGCUGCCUCAGCCACAGGUCAACCAGGACACUCGGUGGGCUGCUGCUGCUGCUGCUUUCCUCCAAAUCCUAUCAAGAACCGGGGCUCCUUCGCACGGCAGUUCAGUUAAGGACACGGGGUCUGAAGCAGAUCUAAAGAAGUCGGACACAAGGACAUGUAUCUGAUAUCGACCUCACAUGCUCCCGACUGAUCGUAGCUCACCUUCCCACCGGGCGAACCGCAGAUAAAGGUUGCCAAGCGCACCGUCCGUCGCUCUAGAGUUCUCGGCUCACUCGUCUUGUGCAUUUAUCAGAAUGGCGGGACUCGGUUGUUGGAAGUAUUACCUCUGGAUCUUUACAAUAAUGUGCAGGUCGGCGUUACCCUCGGCUAAAUCGCUGGAGACUAUAAUCUGGAGCUCGCAGAAUCCCAAGUUUGUGGCUGGAAAAGGCCUGGUGAUUUACCCCGACAUCGGGGACAAGCUGGAUAUCAUCUGUCCCAAAGCGGACCAAGGGAGAGACUACGAAUACUACAAGUUGUAUCUGGUGAAGAGGGAGCAGGCGGAGAGCUGCAGUACAGUCCUCGAUCCUAACGUCCUGGUCAACUGUAACAAACCCGAGAAGGACAUCAAGUUCACCAUCAAAUUCCAGGAGUUCAGCCCCAACUACAUGGGCUUGGAGUUCAAGAGGAACGUCAACUACUACAUCACCUCAACUUCCAACGGUACAGUCGAGGGCCUCGAGAACCGGGAGGGAGGCGUGUGCAAGAGCCGAGCCAUGAAAGUCAUCAUGAAAGUCGGGCAAGUUCCAAAUGCAAACCCCGCCGUGCCGGAGGUUCCAGACAACACCAUACCCGAGUCCAGUCCCAGUCUGCCUGACCAGGAUCGGCCAGGAGCAGAGAUACCAGGAAACACUGACCACAUGAAUCAGGACCAGUCCGGGUCUUCAGAUUCAGAGGGCAUCCUCAGGUCCAAAGCGGCCCUGUUCUCCGUCAUCGGGGUCGGCUGCAUCAUCUUCCUCCUGCUCAUCCUCCUCCUCGUCAUCCUCCUCAUUAAGAUGCGCAAGCGAGCCAGGAAAAACGCCCACUCGCAGCCCCGCCCCUCCGCGCUGUCCCUCAGCACCCUGUCCAACCCCAAGCUGCCGGGGGGCACAGCUGGGACGGAGCCCAGCGACAUCAUCAUUCCGCUGCGGACAGAGAACAACUACUGCCCUCACUAUGAGAAGGUGAGCGGCGACUAUGGCCACCCGGUCUACAUCGUCCAGGAGAUGCCGCCGCAGAGCCCCGCCAACAUCUACUACAAAGUCUGACGCGCUUUCGCGCAGCCGGCGUCGCGGUCAGGAGAUAGAAAGAGAGAGAGAGAAGGAAAAAAAAGAGAGGAGCGCUUGACUUAUGUUCGUGGGAAGGACACUUUCCUUUUGCAUUUUCGGGGAACUUGAUGUUUCUUCAAGCCCGUGUUAUUUCUACCACCUGCUGCACAAAUCUGGAGAACCGUGCACUGACCAGUAACCAGCGGGGUUAGGAGCUGACGGAUGAGAGACAGAGAGGUUUAUUCUGUUUGUUUGGCUUGCCUGACAAUCCCCACCUUCUUCCCUCCUCCUCCUCCCCCCCACUUUGCCUCACCUCCCACCUCCGUACCGUUCUCCCUGCUGUGUUCUGACCGCGAGGAGGGUGGGGUUGUGGGGAGGGGGGGAGACACCAACAGAUGGAACUCAAACUUCGUCGUUCGCUGUCCCUUUGUGGGGACGGGAUAUAACUUAUCUCAGUUCCCCGAAGUCUGCUCUACACCCAAUUAAACACACCACCCUAGCACACUAAGGCAGGAGCAGGCAGACGCAGGCCCGAACACCGCUCGGCCUGCAGUUUGUGUGCAAGUGUUGGAAAAAAACAAACUACAAAACAAACGUGUGUGUGUGUUUGUGUGUGUGUGUAUGCGUGCAUUUCUGUGCAUGUGUGCGCGCGCGUGUGUGUUAGUCGGGGCUCCGUGCUGGGCCAGGAAACUCUCCAGAUAGCUCAGGUAUCAGACACAGUGUGUGAAAUAAUGUGUUCCUCUCCCUUCGCACCUCUGAUGUUUGCCUUACUAUUUUUGAUGGAGGAUUUCCUUGAACCCCGAUUCAGUUCACAAAGCAGUUGUAUUUUGUUAGACUUUUCCUACAAGUGCACAAUGUAUAGAGUUACAUAGAGCGCCAUUAUUGCUCCAUCUUCUCAUCACCCAUAUCAUCCACUGCUCCCAUUUUUUUUCUUUUCUUCUUUUCCUUCCCCGUAAGGAAAUACCUUGACCUGGACUGCUGAUGUCAAGGUGUGUAUGUGUGUGUAUGUAUGUUUCCAGGAAUACUCCUAUCUCUGCUGGCCUGAUAUGAGCUUUACCAUUACAACUUCUGUGUGUGUGUUUUAUCAGGGCGUGUCUUCCGUUAGUGUGUUUGGACAUGUCCAGACCCGUUUGGUAUCUGAGAAGCCUUAUUGGCUUAGAGGUAGAACACUAGGUUACUGUUGCAAGCUUCAAAAAUGACACACACAGACAGAACGACGCGCCUGCAGAGAGACAAGCCCGAGCUCUUGCAAAACCCUUUCAGUGCUCCAGUUGGCACUGAUUUUUACUGUGUCUGAUGAGCUUUCAGGGCGAUUGUUUUUAAGACAGCAGGCAGGUUGAUAUUUGUUUAUUCUAGCUUUUGGAGCCACAGUGUAAGCAUCAAACAAUUUCAUGCUCGCUGCCUGGGCAAGGUGGGCGUAGGCUGGCACUGAUUGGCUGGCCUACAUAGGUAGGAUGCCCUAUAUAUAAGUUGGAUGGAGAGCUACAGCUGAACACAGAGCUACAGUAUUAUCAGAUGCCAAUUGGCUGCCAUCUGUGGAUGAGUCAGUGGAGUGCACAGUUAGUGGUGUCGCCAGCGUGUGACUAAUCUGUGUGCCAUCUCCAUGCCCACACUCACCAGCCGGGGAGCAGAGAGAGUGAGAGCGGCAGCUAGAAGAGAAAAUGUUCCUGUGACUUGGCUUUAACCUGCGAGGGUGAUGGCGGUGGGAAUGAGGGGGUGACGGGUGAGGCGGAGGUAGCUUUUUUAGCGUUUACCCCCCCCCCAUCCUCUCGCCAGUUGUGCUGUGAAUAAAAAUGCCGCGCAAAUUAUUCCACAGUCAAGGUGUUCAGCCAGCGAGGACACUGCAGACCAGCUAUCACACAGCCCAGGGCAGCGGCACCGAGACAGGAUUUACUGCGGCUGGAUGUGUGUGUGCACUCAGAGGCUCGCUGCGUGAACGUGUAGGUGCUCAUAUGUGUGAGUGCUUAUUUGUGCUUAUAUUUGCAGUUUUUUUCUGUACGUAUGCGCACAUGUGUGAGUGUGUGUAAGUGUACCCUUCUGUGGUCAGACCUUUUUUUUUUUUUUUUUUUGGGACUGUGGAAGUAGGUGCUCCAAACAGUGUGGCUGCCAAAGUACAGAGUGCCGCAGUCCCGGUUAAUGAUGUGCGAGAGGAGAGGGGAGCAGAUAAGGACAGCCAUUCCUCGGCACGCAGACAUGAGCUGACGUUUGACGCACAUGUGCGCGCACACACACACACACACACAAACACACCAAGACUGACGGGUCCAGGUUUAUCUCCAGUCAAACGGUCAGGCUGCCGGUUAAUGUUUAUUCACCGGUAGAGACACCCAUCAUCCGCUGCCACAUACUGUUGCCAUCCACCGACAGACACUGCUGAGUUAAAAGGCAGCCCAGCUUGAAGACUCUGGGAAGACUCCAGUGGCUUUUUUUUUUUUGUGCGUGUCGUUAACCUCAGAGUUAACAACCUAAACAGCUGCUUGUGCUUUUGUGGUCCUGUGUUUUAACUCAGCAUGCAGCCCUCAGCGGCCCUCUGCGAAACACAUCUAGAUCAAAUAUUUUUGUUUCGGAUCGCCGCGCAUCCGUUCACCUACACCAGCUUAGGGAGUCAUUACCAAAUUACCACAAACCCAUAUCUCAUUUUCAUUCAUUCUAGUAAACCACUUAAUGUUAUUCGAGUUUUUUUAAUUUUUAUUUUUUUUUG